AUGUCAACACCAAACGGAAGCGAACCAACGGCCCGAGUACCGCAGUUCGCCAGGAGACAAGACAUCGAUGACUUCCCACGAGGCUAUCCCUCGCUAUCAGCGUUUCUCAGUGGUGAUAAAGAAUUCACCAUGUUCUGCUCCUUCUCUCGGCUUCACGCGCGAAUACUACUUCACAAGCAGGAUGAAUUGGCCGAGCUGGAGCAACGCCUCGAUCAACUUGACCAAGCGGACAGCAAAGUGGAUUCAUAUCGACUACUUACCAAUAGGCACAUAAGUGGGGAUACAGAACGUGGAGCGGCUGCGCGAGAUUGA